UGCUACGGAAGUGUUUCUGUGCGUGCGGCCCUGUAGCUCCCUGUCCCCGGUGUGCGACUUGACAAUUUUGGCUAAAAACAGGUGGAUGACAACAAUUUCCAUUGCAUGCAGUUAGGUAUCACUUUCGCUGAUUGUAAACAGAGAUGGGAGCGAACAAUAGCAGACGCCGCGUCUCCUUUGAGUCGGAUGAAAAUGACAACAUCACAGUUGUGAAGGGCAUAAGGCUCUCUGAGAAUGUCAUCAACCGAAUGAGGGAGCCCAUAGCUCCCCUUCUUCCCCCCUCCCUUCCACAGGUCCCACCCCCUGUUGCUGCUCCCUCCUCCCUCAUUCCAGUGCCUCCCCUCAGACCCCCCUUCGAUCUCAUCACCUCGCUUCCACCCAUAGAACCCAUCGCACUACCACUUCAACCUCCUGCACCUGUCACUGAAGUAGUGGCUCCACCUCCACCCCCCCAUGGAACAGGUAGCAGCUCCGACCAUCAUUGACAUGGUGAUCCCGCCUCCUACCUUAGCUGCUUUAAAGCCUGUGGCAUCCCCUCCACCACCUGCAUCUGUUGAGCAGCCCCCAGUGGAAGCUUUUGCUCCUCCUCCUGCCCCAGAACCAGUGGAAGUUGUUGGCCCCCCUCUUCCUCCUCCCACCCCAGAGCCAGAACCAGUGGCGGUAGCACCGCCAGCAGCACAUGCAGUUGAUGAAGAGGAGCUGAGGAAGAAGAUCACAGAGGAUCUGCAGAAAGGCCUGUUGAAGGAGAGGGUGAAGGCUGAGCAGGAGCUGCAAGCAUGGCUGGAGGAGGAGAAGGUCCAUGCUGCAUCCUUUGCUGAGGCUGAGGCCCAGGCCAGUGUGAAGGAUGAGGUGGGUCGUAUCCUGGAGCUGGAGAGAGCCACGACCCAUAAUUCCCUGACGCAGGCUGUCAUGAGGGAGAAGGUCAGUGCUGAGGACGAGAGGCUACGCACCCAGCUUUACAUGAUCAGUGAGGAAAAACCUGCGCUCUGGGUUAAGGUUCAAGAGACUGGAGCUGGGUGUCCCAAGAGACUGGAGCUGGGUGUCCCAAGAGACUGGAGCUGGGUGUCCCAAGAGACUGGAGCUGGGUGUCCCAAGAGACUGGAGCUGGGUGUCCCAAGAGACUGGAGCUGGGUGUCCCAAGAGACUGGAGCUGGGUGUCCCAAGAGACUGGAGCUGGGUGUCCCAAGACUGGACUGGGUGUCCCGAGAGCUGGGUGUCCCACGAGACUGGAGCUGGGUGUCCCCCAAGAGACUGGAGCUGGGUGUCCCACGAGACUGGAGCUGGGUGUCCCACGAGACUGGAGCUGGGUGUCCCAGAGACUGGAGCUGGGUGUCCCACGAGACUGGAGCUGGGUGUCCCACGAGACUGGAGCUGGGUGUCCCACGAGACUGGAGCUGGGUGUCCCACGAGACUGGAGCUGGGUGUUAA